CUUUGGGAUGUGAGAUCAGCGAAUGAGAAGAAAAGCAUUAAUGUGAAACGCUUCUUCCUGAGUUCAGAAGACCCUCAAGAGGAUGUGGAAGUGAUAGUGAAAUGUUGUUCCUGGUCCGCAAAUGGUACUGAAAUAAUAGUGGCAGCAAAAAACAAAAUCCUCCUUUUUGAUAUUCAUACUAGUGACCUAUUGACAGAGAUCCAUACAGGCCAUCACAGCACCAUCCAAUACUGUGACUUCUCCCCCUAUGACCAUUUGGCAGUGGUUGCCCUGUCCCAGUACUGUGUGGAGUUGUGGAAUAUAGAUUCACACUUAAAGGUAGCUGAUUGCAGAGGACAUUUAAGCUGGGUUCAUGGUGUGAUGUUUUCUCCUGAUGGGUCAUCAUUUUUGACAGCUUCUGAUGACCAAACAAUACGGGUCUGGGAGACCAAGAAGGUAUGCAAGAACUCUGCUGUAGUGUUAAAGCAGGAAAUAGAUGUUGUGUUUCAAGAAAAUGAAAUGAUGGUCCUUGCAGUUGACAACAUCAGAGGCCUACAACUUAUUGCCGGGAAAACAGGCCAGAUCGAUUACCUGCCUGAAACUCAAGUUAGUUGUUGUUGCCUAAGUCCACAUCUUGAUUAUGUUGCAUUUGGAGAUGAAGAUGGAGCCAUUAAGAUUAUAGAACUCCCAAACAACAGAGUUUUCAGUUCUAGGAUUGGACACAAGACAGCUGUACGGCACAUGCAGUUCACAGCUGAUGGGGAGACACUUAUUUCCAGUUCUGAAGAUUCCAUAAUUCAGGUAUGGACUUGGCAAUCAGAGGACUAUAUCUUUUUGCAAGCCCAUCAGGAAACAGUGAAGGACUUCAGGCUCCUAAAAAAUUCAAGAUUGCUUUCUUGGUCAUUUGAUGGAACAGUGAAGGUAUGGAAUAUCAUUACUGGAAGAAUAGAAAAAGACUUUAAUUGCCAUCAAGGUGCAGUACUUUCUUGUGAUAUUUCUUCUGAUGCUACCAAGUUUUCAUCUACCUCUGCUGAUAAGACUGCAAAGAUCUGGAGUUUUGAACUGCCUUCCCCUCUUCAUGAGUUGAAGGGUCAUACUGGCUGUGUCCGCUGCUCUGCCUUCUCUCUGGAUGGCAUCCUGUUGGCAACUGGAGAUGACAACGGAGAAAUCAGGAUAUGGAAUGUCUCAAGUGGCCAGCUUCUUCAUUUGUGUGCUCCAAUUUCAGUAGAAGAAGGAACUGCCACCCAUGGAGGCUGGGUGACUGAUCUUUGCUUCUCUCCCGACAGCAAGAUGCUUGUCUCUGCUGGAGGAUAUCUUAAGUGGUGGAAUGUUGUCACUGGCGAAUCCUCACAGACCUUCUACACAAAUGGAACAAACCUCAAGAAAAUACAUGUGUCCCCUGACUUCCGAAAAUAUGUGACGGUUGAUAAUCUUGGUAUUUUAUAUAUUUUACAGGUUUUAGAGUAAAAUGGCUAAGCAUACAUAUAGUUCAGCUCUUUAAUUUUGAAUUGGAAAAAAGUUGAAAGUCUGUACAUCAACAUUUUAUAAUACUGUGAAUUGUAUUGUAGUAUUGCAUUCAUUACAAAAGUGUUUAUGGCUGGAUGAAUAAUGUUAGUAGAGCUGUCUCCUCAAAUGAACAUACUUUUACUCAUUUUUUAUAAUCAUUACUGUUAUUAACAGUUUGUUCUUAACAUGAAAAUGAAAUGUAAAUAUGUACCUUGUUAUGCUAUUGGAAACUUCCUUGAUGCAUUCAAAUUGGUUGGCAUAAUUAAUGAGAACCAUUUGAAGGAACUCUAUGUGUUGAUGCUAUCAUUCAUUAUGCAGGCUAUGCUGCAAGGUAAUGGUGGUCUGUUUUCUGAGCCACACUUACCCCCAGGGGGUAUGGUUUUCCAAAUAAAAUCAUGUUGCUUAUUUGCACUCUUUAAAUUUGCUUUAAAGAAUAGUGUCUUUGUGCACAGUCUGCAACAUUUCUUUUGAUAACUCAGUGAGUGUUGUUUUUCAAGUUCUUUUUAUGAGCUAAAGUCUUACUUAGAGAGAUUUCUCUCUGUAGCUGUGUGUACCUUGACUUUGGUUGUCAGUGUCUUAAUUGGGCACCACCCCGAAUUCCACUUUGUUUUUUUGUACAGAUGGGGUUUCUCUGUGUAACAGUCCAACUGUUCUGGAACUCACUCUGUAGACCAGGCUGGCCUCAAUCACAGAAAUCCUCCUGUCCUGCCUCUCAAGCGGUGGUACUAAAGGUACCAGCGCCACCACCACCCAACCCUCUAUUUUUUACUUAUUACUUGACUAAGCUUAACCCUCUGUUCCAUAGUUAGCUGUUAGUAAGUCAAUGAAAAGUGAACUAGUAGAACAUACUUCUCCUUUAAUUUCUUUACUUUUAUCAGUGCUAUUCUCUUUAUGACUUUCAAGAGAAUUGUUCAUGGUUUCUGUCCCACAGAAAUUUCUGAAACCCUGGAAGGAGAUGGCUUUCUCCUUCCCCUCACUUUCUUUUUUCUGUACCCCUGCCCUAACCCCAACCCCCAUGUUCCCCUGGGAAAUGAGAACUCAUUAUAUUGCACAGUGAUUGUAUUACACAGGCUCCUGUGGUCCUCUUGUGUCAGACUCCUAAGUAGCUGGGAGAGACAGCUUUUGAUACAGAAAAAAACUUUGCACCAUCAGUAACUAGUUUUGUUUUUAACCUCCUUUUAGAAUCUUUAGUUGAAGCUUAAAUUUAAUUAUUUUCCCCAGAAAUAUUAUUAAGGACAAUAGAGAUUAAUUAGUAAUAAUAAAUGUAGUUUUGGGUUUUUUUUUGUUUUGUUUUUGUUUUUGUGUGUUUUGAGACAGGGUUUCUCUGUAACAACCUAGCUGUCCUGGAACUUGCUUUGUAAACAGGCUAGCCUUGAAUUUACAGAGAUCCACCUGUCUCUGCCUCCUGAGUGCUGGGAUUAAAGGUGUGUGCCACUACUGCCCAACAAUAAUAGAGUUUUUAUAAAAUAAGAAAUCAAAUAUCUUCAUUUUGCAAUAGGAAUUAAUGAGAACUAGCAGUAGUAGUAGAUAGUCAGUGAGGCUGUUUCUGUUGUCAGUGCAUAUUACUAGUUGUGGUGUGGGCAGAGGGAAGAAACCACUCAUGUAUUCUAGCUUUUAUUUCUUUGUGGUGCUAAAGAUUGAAACCAGGGCCUUGACCAUGGUAGACAAGCAUUCUACCACUGGAUACCCCCCAGCUGUAGAUGGAUUUUAGAUUAGCUAGAUCCACAUGGCAUUUGCAGGGACUGAUUAGAGUGAACAAGAACUUGGACACAGUUAAGGAUGUGUCUUUUUUACCUUUUUUGGUUGGUAGGUUGAGGAACUAGUUUACACACUUACUGUGAUUUAAGCAGAUGUGAUAAGUGAGAAAUCUUAAUUUUAUAAAAAUAAAUAUCUGAGAAUUUGCUGAGAAUGACUCAAACUUUGCUUUUCAGAUAACGUUUGUGGCUUAUCUGUUCUGUAGCUGGGUUAUCGAAGUGAAAUAGUAAGCACCAGUUUGUAAAAAGUCUUGGUCUUUGUCUUAAAUAUGAAGUGGAGAGGAAGACAGUACACAAGGAAGGAGACAGCUGUAGCUUACAUUGCAGUUCUCAGGGCUGGCUGAGAGGACUUGGCUUGUGGGCUGCAGAUGAGCACUUUGAGUCCUUUCCUUGCUGUACUUUCUAUGUGAGAAAUUAAUUGGACUUUGUAUGUAAACAUGGUUUGAAACAUGUGUUUUUAUGUGCUUUCAAGACUUUUUGUAUUUAUAACUUACAUGUGUUAAUUUUUUUGCUGUGUAAUACUGUUUAAACAUGAAUUUUAAUAACAAAUAAAAUUUCUGAAGUUUUUUGAGAAGCA